AUGACUGAAGUUCAUUCCUUUGGCAAUCUACCUGUGAUUGCUCAUGCUUGGAAUAAAGAUCGAACACAAAUAGCUGUAUCAUUAGGUAAAAAUGAUGUUCGUAUUUAUCAAAAACAAGCCGGUAAAUGGCGAUUAAUUCAUACAUUAUCUGAACAUUUAUCUCGUAUAUUAGCAAUUGAUUGGGCACCUACUACUAAUCGAAUUGUAUCAGCUAGUGCUGAUUAUAAUGCUUAUGUUUGGUCAUUUGAAAAUAAUGUUUGGAAACAACAAAUGGUUGAAUUACAACGAACAAGUCGAGCUGUUUGUUGUGCUAAAUGGUCACCAAAUGAAAAUAAAUUUGCUAUUGGCUCAAGUGAUAAAAAUGUUGGAAUAUGUUAUUAUGAAACUGAACAAAGAUUUUGGGCAGCUGAAAUGAUAAAAAAAAAACCAAAAUCAACUGUUACUUGUAUUGCAUGGCAUCCAAAUAAUCAAUUAAUUGUAGCUGGUAGUUGUGAUUAUCGUGUACGAAUUUAUUCAGCAUAUAUAAAAGCUGUUGAUGGUCAACCACAAGUAUCUAGUUGGGGAACAAUUACAAAUACAGGAGAUCUUUUACAUGAAUUUCAAUCUGAAUCGGGUUGGAUUCAUGAUGUAUGUUUUUCACCAUUAGGUGAAAAUCUUGCAUGGGUAUCACAUAAUUCAAUUAUAUUUGCUGUUUCAGCAAAGAAUUCAUCUCGAACUACAAUGGAAAUUACAAAUUAUUUACCAUUUCGUUGCAUUAUUUUUGUUAGUGAAUCAACAUUGAUUGUUGCAGGUCAUGAAUUUUCUCCAUUAAUUUAUAAUUAUGAUGAACGAAAAGAUUCAAUUGAUUUUGUGGAAAAACUUGAUCAACAAGAAACAUCAACUGGAAAACAAGCUGUUAAUCGUCUCUUUGAUCAACCAUCAAUGCAAACACAAACACCUGAACCUAUAUCAACUCAUCAAAGCAUGAUAACACAAAUGCUACCAUAUCAAACAGAUCAUACGAAUAUAGUUAAAAUAAGUUCAACUGAUUUAUUUGGUCAAGUUGUUAUUUGGAAUUUGAGUGGAAGAAAAAUAAAAAAAUGA